AACACUCUCUUUCAGCUCGCUUAUCACACAAAAAUGGCGAUCAAUUCCUCCGUUAGCUUCACGGCUUUCAUCGUCGUCGUUCUCGUGCUCUGGCUCCCUUUUCCUUCCGGCGCCGUCCCAUCGGAAGAGCUGGAAAGAGCAAUCUCAGUCCUCCGUGUCAGAGGCCGCGCUCUAUUCGCCAACUCCAUAACCACCUCCGAUAUACUCUUCGAUAUCUUCUCCGCCGAAUCUCUUACCCUCCUCGUCCCCACCGACGCCAUGCUUUUCAACCUCGACAUGACCUAUUCGCUUCCCUUUUACAUCUCCACACUCCGCCUCCACGUUUUACCUCUCCGCCUCCCGAUUUCCGACCUCCGUUCCCUCCCCAACGCUUCCUCUAUCCCAACUUUCCUCCCUUCUCACCGCCUCCUUCUCACUAAGCCGCCUUAUUCCACCGAUUCCGUUUAUCUCGACGGCGUCCAGAUUCUCCUCCCUGGUCUCUUCUAUGACGAACAUAUCGCCGUCCAUGGUCUCGCCGGUAUUCUCCAACUCAGGUCUUCUGGGACUGACGUCGAGAAUUUCACCGUUGCUUUGCCUCCUAUGGUUGAUUCGCCGGCGGAGUCACCAUCGCCAUGGAGCUCGUGUUCGUUUUCGCCGUCGUCAGAGGCUUAUUUCAACUUUUUUGGCCGUACACCAGCAGAGACGCCGAUGAUUGGUGAGGUUUCAGUUUCACCGUCGUUGGAAGAAGCUCUGACCGUAGGUGACGGCGAUUCUUGGACUACCGAAUUUUGA